AUCCUACGGAAGGAAGGGCUUUCAGAAUCCCUCGAUCAGUACAGCAUUGAAUCUUCACUGCAAUGACAGAGCCCUCAGCCAUGGACGCAGGGGGUUAUACAAAUACAUUAGUGGAAGAAAAUGCCGAAGAAAUAUCAUUUUUUGAUCCAAAUAUAUGCAUCCCAGAAUGCCCAGCAGAUUCUAAGCCCAAAGUGGGAAUGAUUUUUGAGAAGCUUGAAGAUGGGAUUUCGUUCUACAAGAACUACGCGCUUUUGGCAGGCGCCACAGCAAUUGAUUUCAAGAACUUCAAACGAGACCUUAAGGCAUAUGUUGCGGGUGGAGAUGCACAAAUGAUCAUCGACAAAAUGUUUCGAAGACAAGAAACAUGUCCUGCAUUUCGUUUUGCAUAUGAUGUUGAUGAAACGGACCAACUUACCCGACUAUUUUGGUGCGAUCCCGUUGCUAGGAAAAACUGGGCUCUGUUUGGGGACGUUCUCUCUUUCGAUGCUACGUAUGAGACUAACAGGUACAACAUGGUGUUCACUCCAUUCACAGGCGUGGAUAAUCACCAGAAGUGUGUUACAUUUGGAGCUGGUUUACUCCGCAACGAAGACAUAGAAUCCUAUACUUGGAUCUUUCGCCAAUUUCAGGAUGCAAUGGACCAUGAUCCACAGUGCAUCAUAACAGACCAAGAUCCCUCAUUGACGACUGCUAUCAGCGAAGUUUUCCCACAGACAACACACAGGUAUUGCAUGUGGCAUAUUACUAAAAAAGUAGGGAAAAAAGUGGGGGAACCGCUAAACAAGGAUUCUGUCUUUCUCACACAAUUGAAUGACGUUAUCUGGAGCCAUUAUCUAGACCCACGCGAUUUUGAGCACAAAUGGAAUGAGGUAAUGCAUACGUACAAUCUGGUGAAUCACAAAUGGUUUGUUAAGUUGUUUAACAUUCGCCAAACGUGGAUCCCAGCAUAUUUUAGAGACCAAUUCAUGGCUGGUUUACUACGAACAACUUCACGAUCUGAAAGUGAGAACAGCUUCUUCGGGGAGUUCUCUAACCCCCAUUUCAGUCUCGUAGAGUUCUCGAUGCAGUUUGAAAGUGCCAUGGAUGCACAACGCCACAGGAAUGCUAAGUUAAAUGCAGAUUCUGAAUCCUGCAUUCCUGUGUUCAAGACUCCGUUGCCAAUUGAGAGGCAUGCCGCUGCCAUAUAUACGUUGUCAGUAUUUUAUGAUGUGCAAAAAGAGAUUUGUGCUGCAUGUUUCUCGUGUUUUAGCACACAUGUUGAGAACAUCGAUGAUAAACUGCACUACAUGAUUAAGGACAAUAGAGGUAUGACGUUCUCAGUUAUGUACUCCGCAGAUAAUUCAUACGCAUCAUGUUCAUGCAAGCAUUAUCAGCGCGUUGGGCUUCUCUGUAGGCAUAUAUUUGUUGUUCUUAUAGCAAUGGGAUGUCCCACUAUUCCUGACAAUUACGUUACAAAGCGAUGGUGUAAGAUUGACAUAGCAAAACGUUAUCUUGGAUUUGUCUCGUGUGGCAUUGAAGGGGAUUCAAAUCAAGAGAAUACUAGAUGGAAGAUAAACCAUUUGUGGGCUAACAUCCAUGCGUGUGUUGCACUUGCGGAGAAUGAUUCUGAGUUGUUAGAUGCAUUUACCCAAGUUAUUAAAACACAAAAACAAAACCUCGAGAGAUCGGCCUAUUCCGGAGAUUCAGAACCAGAAAAGAACAAGAUUUUUGAAUCUUACUAUGGCACACCGGCACCAUCCGAGAUUCGUGUUUUACCUCCCGAGAAGGUGCAUAACAAGGGCAGUGGAAAACGCAUCAAAAGUGCCGUAGAAAUAAGCAUGGAGCAGUCCAAAAAACAAAAGAGAGUAUGCCGAACAUGCAAAGAAGUUGGUUACCACGACAGUCGAAACUGCCCAAUGAAUAAGGGGCUAUGAUAAUCUUAUUUCUGGAUGCAAAAUUGUACCACUUUAUUUUUUUCUCUAAAUCUCCAUGUACUCCUUCAUCUUCAUGCACUUCUCACUACAUUUUACAUUUCUCACAGUUAUUAGCGCAUUAACCCAUCAUUACUAUAUCAUAAUUUGCCAUUCUCAAUACAUACACCUGGCUUUG